AUGCCAGACGGCGUCACUUCUCUCAAAGAGAGCGCCUCCGGCCGGGACCAAGGGGCCAGGAGGCUGGCAGGACGGUGCCCCUCAGGCCCUGUGCCCGGGACGACUGCCUCGCCCUCCCAUGUGCCCCUGGCCCUCUCCGGGGCAGAGUUCCUCCUCAUCCUGCCCUCCCACGACCGCGGGGCCGGCCCGGGAGCGUGCUCUGGACUGGGGCUGGGCCCCCAGAGCCUCCCACGCCGCCCCCUCCUGCUGCGUCCUCCCGCUGCAGGGUCAGGGACAGUGGGGAGGCCUGAAGCGCUGGUUCUGCCGGGACACGAACGCUCCCAGCUGUUUCCUCCUGUCCCCGAAACGCGGGUCUUCCGUUUUGCUUUGGCAGGUUACGGGGAGCUGCCCCCCGCGCUCACAGCCUUGCGGUCUGCCGUGGCCCCUCUUCCACAGCCCGAUCGCACGUGGAGCCCCUGCCCCUCCUCGCCCCAGCUUGAGGCUCGUGUGCCCCCUUCUGAUGCAGCUCCAGCCCGGCCGAGCACCCCUCCUUCCUGA